CUGUCCCCGUACGAAUUUACUAGUAAUUUUUGUUUUAACUUCGUCUUAGAAUCGAAAUUUAAUCAUUCGAAAACUGAUUCCGCCGUGGUGAUAUGCCUAGUCGAUGGCUUGGAAAUAGUACCUAGGAGUGUGGUCAAGAUGGAGAAAGAGUCACAAGGGUUAUCACCAGAAACAUCACGGGAGGAGAAGUUUUUACAUGCAAAACAGAAAGUGAAGGCAUGGGAAAGUGAGUAUUUUUCCAUGAAUGGAUGUCGCCCAGACAAGGAUGCCCUGACUUCUGCUCCGCAAGACAUAAGAAAGGCAUACAAAGUUUACUGUUAUUAUCGAAAAACAUUGGAUGGCUCUCGAAAUUCAUGUAGUAUGCCCAGUGAUAAGAAUGAAAAUUCUAUACCCGGGACUAAAUGUGAUGUGGAAAUAAGUCAAAAUACCCCAUCCAGUAAUGGAAUUGAGGCUUUAGCAGUUAAUGGACAAGAUGAAAGCUGUGUUAAAGAUAGUGGACAUGCCCCCCACCCUAUCCCCUGUGAGGAAAGUUGUGCCAAUCCAUCCUUGAAUGAAAAGCCUAAAAUUAGUGUUUGGGGAAAGCAUCUCAAUAAAGUAGAAAGUAAUGUAGAAGUACCAAAGAUCAAAGAAGAUUCUCUUUAUAGUAAAAUGGCAGAAAAACUCAGAGCAAGUGGGUCUGUGAAAGUAAGAACAUCAUUGAAAAAACUGACUCCGGGUAAUCGAUUCAAGAAAAGCAGUUUAACUGCUUCACCUGCAAGUAAAGAAUGCUGUGAGAGUGGGCCUUCUGCGCUUGAUUUAAAUUCAGUAGAUAAGGAGAAUUAUAUAAGAAAUAGCCCUGAGCAGAGUUCAAACAAUAGUAAUGAUGCACCAUUUCCAGAUUGUAGUACUGUUGGAGAUUUAUUACAGGAAGAUGUACAGAGUCCUGCGUCUCGUUUAUUUGUCUCCUUAGAUAACUGUGAAAGACAUAGCAAUGUGCAUUCUGAGGUUUCCGGCUUUGAGAGUAAACUAAAUUCUCUUUCCUACGAGGACUCUAGUGUCUCUGCAAAUUCAACUAACUCAAAUGCUGCAGGUAGUUAUGAUUUGGAUAGUACACCAAAGAUCCCCUUUCGUGUGCAGAAGAGCCAAAGCAUAGGUAAAUCUGUAUCUCAGUCACUGAGUACUCUCUCAGCAAGUAUCAUAAGUGAAGAGCCGUUAGAGAGAAACAUUAAAAAACGAUCUUCUCUUAAUCGAGGUUGGCUUGCCCGUUGCAUUGGGUCUGAUGCUGACUUGAAAUUUGACCCAAGUGAAUAUUCUGAAACUGAUGAUAGUUGGAAGAUGAAACUUACUGACUGCGAAUGGAAUGAUGAUGUAAGAGAAAGUGACCAUAAUGGUAUACAAGAGGAAAAUUCACACUUGUCCCAUCCAAAAGCAAUAAAAAAAGACAGAAAUAAAAUAGUUUCUGGAGUGAAUAUAAGUGGGUCUAAGGAAAAGGACUACUGUACCCAAGAAAGUAGUGAACGUGAUCUACAAAUUGAAAGCAAACAAGAUGAUGAGUAUUUUGAUGAAGAAAAGGUUGUUGGUAAUGAAAAUAAUAGACAAAAAUCUCUUAAGUCAGCCAAGUCAGGGAAAGGUAGAAAGAGAAGCGUUGGGAGACAGAAAAACAAUGCUAUUGCCAGGACAACAAAUUUCAACUAUUCUGAUGAUGAGGAUUGUGAAAAUCUGUCUUCAGAGAGUGAUUAUGCUGGGGGCAGUGAGGAAUCUGUUACAAGUGAGAAUGAUGAACUUUGUAGUCUUGAUGAAUUUGAUGGGAACAUGGAUGGGGAACAAGAAGCCACUCAAAUUGUUCCUAGAAGAGGGCGAUCACAAACACGCAAAACAAGGAACACCAUUGUAGAGUAUGAUGAGUUAAAUGAUAAUGAUGGUGAAAUCAGUGUUAAAAGAAGGAGAGAGGAAGAUUUAGAGGAAUUAGAACAAAGUGGGAAAAUCAAGUCAUCCUGGCCUCCGCCAAAGAGAGUUCGCAAGGCCAGAAAACCAUCUGCUAAAACUGCAAACAGCCGCAAAAAGGUAGAAAACAUAAAAUAUGCUGCAAUACCUGUUGUUCAACCAGAGGACUGUGAAAGUAAACCCAUUAAAGUCCAAAGGACAAAACAAAGAAGGAAGGCACCAUGCUCUGGUGUGUCUAAUUCAACCCAGGUAACAAGAAACAAAAAAAAUUCUGAUGUUUCUAGAGAUGUUAAACUUGACUGCUCAUCUAAAGCAGGAGUCCCUUCAUCCUUACCAGAAACUAAAGCAAGCAGACCAAGGAGGGCUGUGCAACGAAAAGUGACCACAGAGUUAAAUAAUGAUGGUGAUGAGGUCAAGAAUAUGGAAGCUAAUAAAGAAACAUCUCACUUUGAAAAUGAGGAAUCUGUAGAUAUUAAAGAUUAUGAUGAACUUGAAGACAUAGAGUCUGGCGGAAAGAAGAAUAAAGCCAAGACAUAUUUAAAUACAGAGGAACGAUUUAGGCAAAAAGUAUUGAGUGGUUCAGCUAAUAAGAAUUAUGUGCGGAUCAACUUGAAGAAAAAGGUAUUUGUACGGGGUAAGAAACACUUGAACCUCAAAAAAUAUAAGCAUAAGGAGUGGAAAAAGAAGAAACUAAUGAACAGUGCUGAAGAAGGGGAUGAAGUUUCUAAAAAAUCUCUGACCUGUUUCAAAUGCGGUGACUUUGGUCACUGGGCUAAAAAUUGUAUAGGGAAGAAGGGUGACAAUUUGAUGCCAAUAGAAGAGUAUGAUGAAAAUGAAUCAACUUUUCUUAGUUUAGAGGAUGCUGCUGCUCUUGCAAGGGGUGUAAAACCAACCUCUGUCUCAGUAGGAAAAUUACAUAACAGUGAGCAGCGAGAAGUGAUAGAAAACCCAGUUGAUGAGAGUAGCAUUGAUAGUAAUGUGGAAGUUAUAAAAUCUGCAACAGAAAGUCUUUCAUUUCAGGAAAAUACGAAAGUUCCCUCUCCCAUUACUACAGCGAGAGAUGUCUGUGAUGGGGAGAAAAGUAAGCAAAAUCCUUCUAAUAAAACAGCUGAUGAUGAGUUCCCAAAUGAUGAGUUUGAUGGGCUGUUCUGUAGUGUGAAAGAAACUUGUGUGGAUAAUAGUAUUCCAUCUAGUUCACAGGUUUAUGCCUCUGCUGCACCAUCAGGUUUUAAUACAAGUGAUCGUCCAUCAGGUUUUAAGACAAGUGAUCGUCCAUCAGGUUUUAAUACAAGUGAUCGUCCAACUUUGGAUCCACUUUAUGAACUAAAAAAUGGUGAUGUUUUACCAACAACCACAGAAGUAUUUGAAGCCUUAAAGCUGUUUGGUUACACAUCAUUUAGAACUGGACAAGAGAAUGCUAUUAUGAGAAUUUUGUCGGGUAUGUCUACUCUUUUGGUGCUCUCAACUGGUUCAGGUAAAAGUUUAUGUUACCAGCUUCCAGCAUAUCUCUAUGCCAAACGCAGUAAUUGUGUCACCCUUUGUAUAUCACCACUUGUGUCCCUCAUGGAAGAUCAGGUCACAGGGCUGCCUAGAUUUUUACGUGCUGUUUGUCUUCAUGCCAAUCAAAACAAUAGCCAGCGUACAUCAGCAAUCAAUGCCAUACAGGCAGGCAAUGCACAGAUAAUACUUGUAUCCCCAGAAGCUAUUGUUGGUACUCAGUCUGGAGGGAUAUUAGGUACACUUCUCAAAGAUUUGCCUCCUGUGGCUUUUGCCUGCUUGGAUGAGGCACAUUGUGUUUCAGAAUGGUCCCAUAAUUUUCGUCCAUCAUAUUUAAGAGUGUGUCAAGUUCUAAGGGAAAGAUUGGGUGUCAGAACAAUCCUUGGGUUAACUGCAACAGCCCGUCAUGCCACUGCAUAUAGUAUUGCUGAGCAUUUAGAAAUAAAAGACUUUGAUAAUGGUAUUAUUAGAGGUGCAAGUGUCCCCAGCAAUCUGUUACUGUCUGUAUCUCGAGAUGAAGUGCGUGAGCAGGCCCUUAUAGCCUUACUUCAGGGAGACAGGUUUUCCAGCUGCUAUUCCAUUAUUAUAUACUGUACACGUCGUGAUGAGUGUGAGAGAGUUGCAACAUUAAUCAGAACUCAGCUCAUGCAACCUUCAAAAAUUGAUGUAAAGAAAAAUAUGAAAAGAGUUCGAGCACUGUCAUAUGAUGCUGAAGCCUACCAUGCAGGUUUAAGCUCAUAUAGGAGGCAGCAGGUACAGAAACAGUUCAUGUCAGGAAAACUGAGAAUUGUAGUUGCUACAGUGGCAUUUGGGAUGGGAAUUGACAAGCCUGAUGUCCGUGGGAUUAUUCACUUUAACAUGCCAAAGAACAUUGAAAGCUAUGUACAGGAGAUUGGAAGAGCUGGUCGUGAUGGUGAAGUAGCUCAUUGUCAUCUUUUCUUAGAUGCACGAGAUGGGAGAGAUAUUCAAGAGCUUAAAAGACACAUCUAUGCAAACUCACUUGAUAGAGGAAUUGUGAGGAAACUUCUUGACCAAGUAUUUAAACCAUGUUCAUGUCAGAAUUCAAAGCAUCUGAAUAACAGUGAAGAAUCUCCACGUAAAAAGGAAUGUGACACUAGUCCACCGCAAAUUUUACCAUCAACUCCAUGUGGACAAAUUUCAUCUACUCCUAGUGAGCUACUUUCAUCUACUCCAAGUGGACACAGUCCAAAAGAUGCAAAUACGUCAGAAGAAAUUUUUCCUGUAUUUGAAUCAUCAUGUUGUCCAAAACAUGAGGUAGCAUUAAGUAUUGAUGACUUGGUGCAGAAGCUUGAUUUACCAGAAGAAAACUUGGAAACUAUGCUCUGCUAUUUGGAGCUACACUGGGGUAAUCUAGUAAAACUCAGUUCACGUGUUUAUGCAAACUGCACUGUUGCUUGUUAUGGUGGACCUCGUCAGUUGGUGGCUGUUAGCCGCCGUUGUCCACCCUUAGCUGUUGCCGUUGCAUUAGAAUGUGAAAAAGGGAUAAAUAUGGACAAAAGUAACAGAAUCAGUUUUCCAGUUGUGGAAGUAUCUUCACGAAUGGGGUGGGACAGUAAGAUAGUCAAAAGAGAACUCAAAGCCUUAGAGUGGAAUACACAGAACUUACCUGGUGGUGGAAAAGUGAAGAGAUCUGGUGUUUCUGUUGAGUUUAGUGAUCUUUCGUUUCACAUUGAGUCUCGUGGGGAUCUCUCAGAUGAUGAGAGAGAUCAGUUACUUGAUGCCAUGUUCCGACGCAUCCAGUUACGUGAGAAGGAGCAGUUACGUAAUUUACACUAUAUUUACCAGCUUUUGCAGUCUGUUUCUCAUAAGACGAUACUUUUGUGCUGUGAUGAUGUUGAUAUGGAAAGAUGUUUGAAGCUACGUGAAGAGCUUUCCAGAUAUUUUGCCAAGGAGGGUAAAGUUUUAUCAGAUGUAAGAGUUGAAGAGCAAGUUUAUUUACGUCCAGAUAUGGAAAGACAGAUUUGUAGUAGUGUUCGUAAUGUGUUGUCAACACAUGUUGAUCAUAGAUGGACGGGCCGUGCUAUGGCACGAGUUUUUCAUGGUAUAAGUUCACCAAAUUUCCCGGCAGAAGUGUGGGGUAGAGUUAGGAACAUUUGGAGACUAUAUCUUAAUGUUGAUUUUAAUUUGUUAGUUAAAGUUAUAACACAGGAAAUUCUUCGGUGCAAGUAAUAUUUUGUGCUUUCAACGAGUGUUUAGGGAAAAUUCUUCAUAUUGAAGAAAUUAUAAAUCUUAUAGAUUAAAAUUUUGCAUUGGAUAACUCCUGUUUGGUUUUAAGGGAUAGCAAAGUGAAUUUAAUUCAAUAUGUAAUAAGUGAUCACUAUACUGUGUGCAGAUUGAAUUCUCUUUGUAAUUGUGGCAUGUACAUCGAAUUUAGAUGGUGAAUUAUUAAUUUUUGGAACUGCACUAAUCUCUUAAGUGGACAGUGAUGCUUUAUGAUGAGGACUUAUAAAGUCCAGUAUACUACAGUAUUUUAUUUCAUAUUCUGUAUAUAUUUUGUAUUAUUGGCAGAAUCCGCCUGCAGUGUAAAAUAAUGUUUUUUUGUUUUAGAUCCUUUAUAACUAAAGAAAAUAAAAAUAUUGCUUAAAAAUAUCUUGUUUACAAAGCAGUACAAUGAAAAUGCGGUUUGCCCAAAAAUUCACAUUUUAACAAGAGAGGACUGUCAAAUUUUGUUGGUUCCAAUGGGAAUAAACACCAUACAAACUAACAAACAUACAAGUACGUACCCUACAUACAUGUAACACACCCAGUUUGUUGCUGUCUUUGGUGUACUGUAUUUACAUGUUCAGGUUGACUAAAUUUUUUGUGUGAUUUUUUCAGUUAGGAUUGUGCUUAUAUUUGUUGCUCGAUAGCUUUCUAGCAUGCCAUGCCAGUCCUUUAGUGUAGUAUACAAUCUUCAAUUUUAUGUUACAUAUAAAGCAUCUUUGGAUAUUGUAUGUUGGUUUUUGGCAAUUAACAGUUUAGCAUACUUCCAGGUUUGUAUUGUAUUAAAAGGUUAGUUUCAACGAUAAAAAAAGUUGGCCAGCUUGGUGGGAAGACCAAAAACAGCAGGUGGAAAAUAAACGGCAGAAAGUUGGGCUGCUGGGACUAAAGGGAUAUUGCACUGAACCUGUAACUUCUAUAGUAACAGCACAUUGUAAACUUUGGAUGUCACCAACCUCAAGUGUCAAGAAAAACUAUUAGAUCAGUAUUACAGGGGCAAAGAUUCGUUCACUCCUCCCUGAAGAGGGGAUAGUGUCAUCAUUGUACCUCAUUCAGUACAAUGUAGGCAUUACUUAUGAUUCUUUGCAGUGUUCCCUUUGGCCCCUAGCUGCAACUACUUACAUUCCUUUUACUGUACCUCCGUUCAUAUUCUUUCUUCCAUCUUAUUGUCCACCUUCCAAACAAUUGUUUCAUAGUGCAACUGUGAGGUUUUCCUCCUGUUAAAACCUUUGUUACCUUUUACUUCAAUUUCUGUUUUCGUGUUAAAUGGCCUCAGUUCCACCAGUGCUUGGCAUAAUGCCAAAAAUAUAUAAAAUCAAAUCCUUCACUAUCCUCUGUGGUAAAGACAAGAUAAUGAUGUUAAUCAGCAGAGUGAAAGAGUGGCAGGCAUAUCAGAAGAAUUUGAGGUAAACACUGCUGUUUGUCAAAAACCAGCCCAGAGUCUUUGCCGUUAUCAUAGUACGUAGUAUGUUAGAAGCUGAAAGUAGUGCAGAAAGGGUGCUAUUUGCAGAAAAGUUAACAGCAAAAUCUCAGGAAGUGGUUGUGUUCUAAAAUAAAGCGCAGAAAAAGUAUUAUAUACAGAUAGGUGUUAACAGCAAAAUCUCAAGCGGUUAUGUUUAAAUGGUGGAGAGAGGAAUGAAGAGGAUGACUGAACACUGAAACUAAUCAUAACUUGCUAUGACCAGAAAAAAUAAAUAAUAAGUACAUAGUAUUCAUUAUGCUCAGGCAUGCAAAAUAUAAGUGACAUACUAAGAAAAUUAAAUUGGUUAAAGAGGUGGAGAGCCAUUUUAUAGUAAAAAUGUGUCAGAAUGAAUGUCGCAUUGUGGAUAGUAUAGAUAUUCUGGUAAAUAAAAAAAAUAAUUAAAUACUUGAUGCAUUCACAAGGUCUAUAUUAAUCUAGUGGAAACAGUAGUACUAUCAAAGAUUGAAAUCUUGAAAAGGUGAGACUAAGGAAUGCCACGAUUUAUGGAUAGUGCAGGUGGAUAUUAAGAAAAGAGUGGUGUCCAAUUGUUGGAAAAAAGGAAGGGCCAGUAAAUUGUGGAAAAAAUUAAGUGAAAUACUCUACUACUAGAGAAUAUAUGUCUGAAAUGUACUACUAGAGAAUAUAUGUCUGAAAUGUAAUUAAAGAAAAUAUACUCAAACAGGAAAUAAGAAAAAAUAUGGCUCCUAAGACCUAAC